GCAAGAUGGUUGCCUGAGCCGAGCGCGCGAGGCUGGGCCGUGCGGGGGCAAAGUUUGGGCCGGGCCCGAGACAGACCCGAAGCGGGUCAGAACCGGCUGUAAAGUCCCGGGGAGUCCGGGAGGAGCGGAGCCCGACUGGUUCCGAGCCAGACCGGGACCCCGGGGGGUUGAGGGAAACCCAGCCAGGUCAGAACCGAGCUCGGGGCCCGAGCGCUCAGAUCCGAGUUGGGUCAGAACCGCUCUGGGAUAGAGCCCAGCCUGGUCAGGUCAGAGCUCCGCCAGCGCAAGGAGCGCCCCGGCUGGAUCAGAACCGAACCGGGACCCGCGAGAAAGGGAGGAGUUCGGCUCUGUCCCCAGCUUGUCGCCCUCGGGCUAAAGGGGAGGGAAAGAGGCAGAACUAGCUGUAAAGUCACAUUGAUGUUGGGGGACUGGGCCCAACCGAGUCAGAACAGAACGGGGAGACGUGAGCCCAGGGAGGAAAACUGUAUCAGAGCCAGACAGUCACCCUUGGGCUGCAGGGGUCAGGCCAGACCAGAACUAAAUUGGGGGCAGAAGAGGUGCAUGGAUCAGGAACUGAGCCCUGAAAGGGAAGACAGUGGAACUGAGUCAGUUUAAACCCAGUUGAGUCUGGAAAUCGAGGAAGACUGAUCCCAGAACUGAACUGGGUCUGCUUGUGGGCCAGAGAGCUCUAAACAAAGUUUGAACAGAACCAGAUCCUUAUGGAGUGAAAGCAGGGGAGCUAUGUGUGUUUAGGGGUGAGACAGCGAUAGCCACAACAAGAGGGCUUUUGAAUUGGAAACGAAGUAAAGCAAAUCUGAGACAGUUUGUGUGAUCAAGACCCAAACUAUGUUGAAAAAGUCAGAGUAGGGGAGUGGGAACAACACUGUAUCUGUGCCAAAGCUGGCUGGGGAGGAGAGAGGAUCCUUUACCAACCUAGAGACCCUUCCUGGCACCAGGCAUCAUGCAAGAGACUUUCUGCAAGGAAGUUAGUGAAUCUGAACAGAUCCCAAGAACAAGGAAAGUUUAGAGAACAGCAGAGCUGAACAAAUGAUACUGAACCACAUCUGGCUCUGGUCUAGAGCAUGAGUGGGAGACAAUUGAGUAUGAAAGAAGUGAAAGGUUGAGCACUGGCACUGGGAUUUGUAAAUGGAAGAGGGAAAAAAUUAUUUACAACUGAAAUUGCAUUAAUCGGCAAAAGAGUGAGUGAGUGAGCUGUGAGUUUCUCUGAGCUGGGAAUGGACUAGGUCUGAGAGAGGCAAGCUGGAGUGAGCCCACUGAAAAGACAGCCCGGCAAAAUGAGACUGAUCCUUGCCUGACAGAGCUUCUCAAAGCUGCAGAUCUGUAUUUUACAGAAUCAGAAUCAGUCCAGAGACAGAGCUGAUGUAAAGAGUCUGCACAGGAGGACGAAGUGAAUCCCUUGGAUAUAAACAGCAGAGAGCAGGUGAUCCCGUAAUGCCAAGGCAAGUGCACAUCUGAGCUUGCGUGCAGUGGGGACUGAGGCUGGAAUUGUCACAAGGGGGCAGAUAUGUUAAUCAUCUAGUACUGGGCAGUGUCAGAAGCAACGUCCUGAACCAAAUGGACCCCAUGUCUGAUCCAGCCUGGCAGUUCCUCAGAAUGUUCAGAUCAGGUGCAGCUGGAGCCUGUUUCUCUUCAGCUCGUGUUUGCCAUCAUGCUGUGUCCAGACAAGAAUGCAGCACCAGCACUGUUCAGGGAUGCAUUUGUUGACAUGAAAGGAGCAAUCUCAAACUGGAGGAGCCGUUCAGAUGCUGCCAGAUGCCACUAGAAGAGAGCUGACUUGGAAGCAGGCGGACAGGGAGAUGUUUGGUCGGGAUGUCACUUUGGAUCUGGCAUCUGAGUGAAUGUCCCCCUGCAUGAGACUUCAACUCUGAGUGCAGGCUGGUGACCCAUUGUCGCACCCAAGCAGGAGGGAGAAUGACGAGCACAGCUCCAUCCAAGAAACCUUACCGCAAGGCACCGCCACAGCACCGCGAGAUCCGCCAUGAUCUGCCCAUCCUUCGAGAUGACCAAGACGGCGUGAUUUUGGCCGAGCAGAGUCAGGAGCCCUUGACGGAUGCAGAAAGGAUGAAGUUGCUGCAGCAUGAGAACGAGGAGCUGCGCCGGCGGCUGGCCUAUGUCACCAACAAGAUGGAGGCGAUGGAGAGGGAGCUGGAGUCCGGCCAGGACUACCUGGAGCUGGAGCUGGGCCAGAACCGCGAAGAGCUGGAGAAAUUCAAGGACAAAUUCCGCAGGUUACAGAACAGCUACACUGCUUCACAGAGAACCAAUCAGGACCUGGAGGAGAAGCUGCAUACCCUGGCCUCUCUCAGCCAAAGCUGGAUUUUUGCAAUAAAAAAGGCUGAGAUGGACCGGAAGACCCUGGACUGGGAGAUUGUGGCGCUCACUAACAAGCUGCUAGAUGCCAAAACUACCAUCAAUAAACUUGAGGAGCUCAAUGAGCGCUAUCGGCAGGACUGUAACCUCGCAGUGCAGCUGCUCAAGUGUAACAAGUCCCACUUCAGGAACCACAAAUUUGCUGACCUUCCCUACGAGCUGCAGGACAUGGUCAAUAAGCACUUGCACAGCACCCAGGAGUCCCCAGGCCCUGGGCAGGAGGCUGCACAUACCCUGGCCCCAUCUGACGUUGUGCCCACCUCAGUUAUUGCCAGAGUCCUGGAGAAGCCUGAGUCACUGGUCCUGAACUCUGCCAAGUCCAGCAGCGGCAGCUGUCCCAUGGCUGAGGAUGUCUUUGUGCACGUGGACAUGAGUGGAGCUCUGCUGGACGCCUGCCCCAGCCCAGGGCUGCUUGGGAAGGAGAGAGGGGAAGUGGGGAAGCAGCAGAACGGGGGCUGCAAGCCACAGAGCAGUGUGGAGAGCCUGCCAGAGGAGGUGCCUGCCUUCGAGAAGCUGAGCCCCUACCCUACACCCUCCCCUCCCCACCCCAUGUACCCAGGGCGUAAGGUGAUUGAGUUCUCUGAGGACAAGGUGAGGAUCCCAAAGAACAGCCCCCUGCCCAACUGCACCUAUGCUACGCGACAGGCCAUCUCCCUGAGCCUGGUGCAGGGCGAGGACGAGAGCAGUGAGAGGCACCGGACGCUCCCUAACAGCCCUGUCUCAGAGGGCCGCCACUCAGCCUCCAGCUGCUCCUACCAGCCAUCUCCCAAGGGGGCCCGGGCACACGGCUCCUCGCAGAGCAGCCCUUUCAGCAGUCCACCCCAGAUCCCCAGCGCCUUCGCCAGCUCGGCCAGCUCAGAGGAGGACCUCCUGGCCAACUGGCAGCGGAUGUUUGUGGACAAGGCGCCCCCUACUUCAGAGCAGGUGCUGGUGAGCCGCACCUCCUUCAGCCAUGACAUGGCCCCGGAGCUCCAGAAGCGAUUCAGCCGCUCCAUGCAGGAGUUGGGCAGGGCAGCCUCAGCCUACUCGGAUGGCGAGGAGUCUGCGCAGAGCUGCAGCUGGACCGUGAGCCGGGACUCGAGUGUGGACACAGACAGCACUGAGUCCCGAGCCCGCAGGAGCCAUUUCUCCUCCGACUAUGGCACGGACUUCUCCCAGGAUGAAGCCCGGAAGCUGCUCCAGGGCAGUGGCGGGGGCACCGCUGAGCUCAGCAGCCCCUUGCCAGAGAAGCACAAGGACUAUGUGGACCUGGGCUCACCUGGGAGCCCGGCUGAGGAAAGGGAAAUACUGCUGCAAGCAACCAAGGAGAGCAGUCCAGGGGCAGCCCUGGAGGAGAGCGGGGAAUGCAGGAGCAAGCCUCCCUCAGGGCGGCCACACCGCAGCCCCAAGAGGAUGGGUGUCCACCAUCUCCAUCGCAAGGACAGCCUGACGCAGGCCCAGGAGCAAGGCAACCUGCUCAACUGAGGCUGGGCAGGGAGCAGUGCCCCAGGGCAGUGCUGUAGCUGCCUUACCACUCACGGGGUUGGUGUCCCCGGCACCACGCAUGCCCCAGGGGGCUGCAGGCUCCACUCCUACCUUAUAUUUAUUCUGGUUUUGAUCCUGAGGCGCCAGGAUCUUGCCGGCGUUCUGCACCCACCACACCAGAACACACACUUGGGACCUCGCUCGGCCUGGCAUGCAUGCCCAUGCCUGUGCUCACCACUCCUCUGGUGCCUGCCGUCACACUCAAUCUUCCAGCCCUACCCUGAGGCCCAUGCCCUUACUCACCCUGGGGCCUGGGCCUGCCCUCACACUCAUGCUCACAACCUUGCCCUGGUGCCCAUGCCCAUGCUCUCAUUUUCAGGCUGAUGCCCAUGGCCGUGGCCCUACUUGUGCUGGUGCCCAUGCCCAUGGCUGCUCUGUUCCUACCUUUCAACUUGUGCCAACAAGUAGAAACUCUUUGCCCUGGUCUUGUCUGAUCCCCGUGAGCCACUGCAGGCUGAGUGGGGCAUGAGGACUGCCCUGGGGGGUGGGUGUUCCUUGCUGCCUGGCCCCCUGCUGUGAGUCAAGAGCACUGAGUUGGGGACGGUGGUUUUGCUAUUUUUGUUCCCCCCAGCUGCUAUGUUGAUCUCUGUGGAAACUGGCACUCGUGGCUGGCUCUCCCUUAAAGCUUCCUGCAGAUCCCUGCUGCUUAGCUCCUGGGCCUGGCCCAACAUGUGGCUCAUGCAGAGCCAAUGCCGUGGGAGAGCCCCAGUUCCCUCUGCCGUGGGAGUGGGCCAGAGCUGCCCCCGGCAGUUGCUCAGUGAGGCUGGCCUGCAGAGUUCCCAUGGCAGUGGUUUCUGUGCUGUGGGUUGGAUUGUGUUUGUCUCUCCCCGUCUCUGGGGGCUGUUGCACUGGCCUGGCUCUUGUUUGGCUGGUGCUGAUUUCUCUGCUCCUGGGUCUUCCUCUCAUUUUUCUUCUUUCCAGGCCUUUGCUUUUAAGAUGUUUUGUUUUUCUCUUCCUGCAUACACGAACAAAGCAGCUGACAGCCAAUCCAUUGUCUGCCCAGAGGUCUGGGGUGAGGUCCUGCCUUAGGAGCCACCGGCUCCCCUUUCCCAUCCGGGCCUUUCUACUCCAGCAGAGCCAUAUGGACUCCAGGGCAGGAUUUUACCCCAGGAGAGCAACAAAUAAAAGACAGUAGUAAGCUGCCUCUGGGCAGGGCCCUAGCAAGGGCUCUGAGGAGAGAGGGAGACCCCCUGAGGAGCAGGGCUUAUUGCUGCUGUGUGCAGACAUGGUACCUCAUGGCUCAGCAGGCCUUUUGGGGAGGCCCCUUUGCAUGUGCACCCCUCCCUCUGGCUGGGUCCCGGGCUGGCUCCGGUGCCCUUCCAAGGCCUCGCCACUGGCGGGGCUGGAGUUGUGUGUUUGAUUUUCCUCAUGUUCAGUGUUGGUACGAUUUUCCUUUUCAGUGUUCAUGUGCUCAGUGUCCCUGGGGCAGGGAAGGGGAGAAGUCGGGAGUGUAGAUAUUUUAUUUGGAGGAUAGAGCCCCAGUGUCUCAUUAUGAGUUUCCUUGCCUCUCUGGAUUUUUCUCUCUCCACCCCGAAGGUGUAACCCAGCACAUUGGCAUGGUCUCUAUGCUGCUGCCUUGGGCCGGGGGACCCCUUCCCUUGGCUGUGAUGGGUUUGAAGCUGGAGCUGUGGUGUCCUCCUCCAGUGAGAGUGAGCUGCUGCCCUGUGCUUCGCUAUGUAUGGAGGGUGCAGCCUCUCUCUGCAGGAAGGAAGCUCCCAUUCAGACGCAGCAAGAGAUGCUGCCCUGGGGCAGUGUCCCUCCCUAAGCCCCUCCAUUUGUGGCUGGUGGCAGCCAGGGCCAAAGCUUUGCUCUCAGCUCCAGCCUGGAGGCUGCAGGGCAUAUGAAAGCAGGGCCAUCCUUAGGCACCAAAUUGCCCCAGAUAUCAUGGUGCCCUAGGCAGCUGCGUGCUGCAUACGUGGCAGCACCAGCCCUGGCGACCAGCCCUAUUCCCUGGCUGGCCUUCCCAUGGGCUGCCCCCACUACAAGGGGCAGGGCCAUCCCUAAGGGGUAUGGGGCUCUGGACAACUCCCUCCGCCCCACCUCCUACCCUUUCCACCUCUUUCCCCCAGUGACCCCUGCACUCACCGGCAGCUGCGGGAAGCAGAGCAACCUGGCCCCAGCCUGCGCUACUCCGCCAGCUCCCAGCUGCA